AGGGAGCACGCUUAUCCGCUCGUGUCCGUCGCCGUACUCGGCGCCACAAGCUCCCACCCCCUCCCUGCUGCCCGACUCCAUGGCGAUGGCUUCUUCCCACCUCGCUCCCCCCUCCGCCUCGCUCCCGGCCCCAAGAAGCCUCCACCUCGUCCGCCCCCAGCUCCCCUUCCCAUCCUCCUCGAGGUGGCCCAGGAAGACGGGGGCCGCCGAUCCGCCUGAGGUCGCCUCGCUGCGAUGGCGCGCCGGUGUCUCCUUCUUCCCCUCCUUCCUCAAGAAGAAGGCCAGGUCCCCGGAGGAGAUCAAGGAAGAGUUGCUCGAGGCGAUUGCGCCUCUCGAUCGAGGCGCCGACGCCACGCCCGACGACCAAGAAAGGAUCGAUCAGAUUGCACGUGAACUAGAAGCAGUGAACACGGUUAAGGAGCCUUUCAAAUCGGAUCUAAUUAAUGGAAAAUGGGAGCUCAUCUAUACUACUUCGAGAUCAAUUCUGCAAGUCCAGAGACCAAAAUUUCUACGGCCCAAUGGAGAGAUCUACCAGGCAAUUAAUGCCGACACGCUACGAGCUCAAAAUAUGGAAACCUGGCCUUAUUUUAACCAGGUAACAGCGAACUUAGUUCCCCUAAAUGCCAAAAGGGUGAACGUUCAGUUUGAUACCUUCAAAAUAUUUGGUUUGAUACCAAUAAAAGCACCUGGAAGAGGCCGUGGUGAACUGGAAAUUACUUACUUGGACGAAGAGAUUCGGAUUUCCAGGGGUGACAAGGGGAACUUGUUCAUACUAAAAAUGGUGGAUCCAUCAUAUAGAGUCCCAGUUCGAGGGUGACAUGCAUGCAGUAAUUCCCACAGUUGCAGUAUUUGGGUUCCUGUACCAUCUCCUCUUCCUCCCCUCGACAAGUUUCUGACAAGGAUUUCCUCCCAAUAUUUCUUCUAAGAAGACGCAUGUAUUGUGAGUAGUCCUUGUAAAUCUAAAGAAAUUAAAAAGUAAGAAAAGUCAAUGCCUGUGCACUCCUUGUCAUAUGGCAUUUUAAUUUUUA